AUGUAUUCAUGGACACUGCGAGCACGAGGGGGCAGCGAGCGCAGCGAGCUGGCCACGAGGGCGAGAGUGGAGCUACAAGCGGAGCCGGUGGGUGCGAGCACAGACCACGAUGAGACUGAGCCAGUGGAGGUGGAGGGCCAGCCAGCUCGAGUCAAGAGUCAAGAGUGGAGGCCGAUCUGUGAUGCGGCGAUCACGGGGUCGGCGUUCAAGACGAGAUCACAUGAGUUGCCUCGUAGAGCAUGGAUCCGUCGGAGUGUCGAAUCGAUCAGGCGAGCACAUCGGCUAGGCCUUAGGUGGAGGGCGGAGAUCAGGUCCGGGGUGGAGGUCUUCCACAGAGGGGGCACAACGUCAGAGCUGUUCCAGCGCCAAGACAUCCAGGGCAGUGGAGAUGGGCGAUGGGCCGUUCCGGCGCGCGCCGGCGGCAACGGUCGUUGUGGGAUAUUGCCCGCAGAGAGCGGAUCUCCACUCUGCCGGCUCUGCCGCUCACGUCCGUAUUGCCAACUCCCCCCCUCCAACAGGACCGACCACAGGCACAAUAUAUACGCCGCCAAGGACGCAAGGACGCAGAUGGAGAACACAUCGAUCAUGACGCUCCCCUCGUCGUAUGGCGCGACCGACACACGGCCAUCGAGCGACUCGAGCAAGUCUAAGCCAACAGAGCCAACAGAGCCAACAGAGCCAACAGAGCCCGUCCUGCCCACCAUCCAUCCCUCACUUGGCCAUGACAUCAGCAACGGAACGAAUGGAAGUGGACAGGCGUCAAGGAAGGACAGGGGCCAGGCGAACAAGGCCUGGCUGGCCAAAAGCGUGGAUAGCAAACAGGCCAGCCUUAUCUCUGUAGCUAACUGUUUCCUGACUGGGUUCACGAGUGCUGUGGCCUUUAGCGCUUGUUAUAUCUGGCCCGGCUUCCAAACCGGCAACGUUGCCCAACUGGCCAUCAGUCUCGCGCGCGUCUUCGACCCUGCUCCCAUCAGAACGCACGGGUUCCAAAAGGGGGACCAGCAAGCGCUCGUCUCGCUCGUGUGUUUCUGGCUCGGCGCCUCGCUGGGCCGGAUCGGGGCGCGCUUAGGCCCAAAAGCACGCCGGUGGAUCCUCCCCGCGACCUUUUGCCAGGUGGUCCUCACGGUCGUCGCGGCCGUGCUCGUCAUCCCCGAGCCGGACUAUGGCUCCCGCCCCAACCCCAGUUGGGCCGAUGCGCGGGGCAUGGCUGCCCUCGGGUGUCUCUCUGCCGGAUUGGGCAUACAAGGGAUUAUUGGCAAAAGGGUCGGGAGCGAGAUGAACACGACCGUCGUGCUUACGGCGACGUGGGUCGAGAUCUUCAAUGAGCCCGGAUUGUUCACGUUUGGGUUUGUGAAAAGUCGUGAUGCCCGCAUUGCUGGCGUGCUCAUGAUCUUUGUCGGCGCUUUUGUCGGAAGGGCCUUGUUGGGCGUUAUUGGGAGCCAGGGCGCGCUGGGGGUUCUUGCUGGGUUGAGGGCGUUGAGUGCGCUGGGAUGGGCGAUGGUCCCUGCCGCGUGA